CCCUCGGUUCGCAAAUCCCAAGUCGCCUCUUCUGCUGUCGAUUCGGCUGGUCCCAAUCGAUCCGAUCUCUGCGGUUAUCGUGACCCUACAAGCUCCGGUUACCCCAACAACUUUACGAUAUCUGGAAUACUCUUCCUCGAAAUCAGCCAAGGACGCGACGUUAUGUCUUCGACUUCCGGGGAGCAGAUCCCCUCGGUGGGUGCUCUGGAAUCAGAGCAACAGAAAAUGGAUUCGAAAGCAGUGGCCGCGCAGUCGCCUCCCUCCGACAACGACGGCGGCGAACGCCCCGUGCGACAGCAGCUCAAGGAGACCAAUCUCAAUUCUGUGGGUCAAACCAACGGUUCUACCAAGGCGAGCCGCAAGCGCUCCCUCGAUAACACGGAUCAAGCGGCUGAUGCACGCCCAACCAAGCGAUCCCGAGAAUGCACCCCCGAUGACACCAAGAUUUCUCACAAGCCUUCCACCGAAGCAAACCCAACUCCCGCGGAUACCGCUCCCCAAGAUGUGAGUGCUUCUGAGCUGGACUCGGACCCUCCUACUCCUCCCCUGCCCACGGAACACAACUACCCUGGAGUGAAUGGAAAUGGUUUCUACCCCGGAAACCACAUCAUCACGGUCCAAAUGCCCUUGACCCUGGAUAUCAAGAUUGGGUUUGCCGGCACGGAGCAAACCCGGAAAGUGACAAUCCCUAUUUCGCUUGAGAUCAACAGCAAGACUGGCGAGGUUGAUUUAGCUUCGUCUAUUUCGGGUCCUGCCAUGAGCUAUUCUCAGAACAAUCAUAUCAAUGUUUCAAUUGACUCUUCUCCCCCUUCUUCCUUUGCCACCGGUUGUUCCUCUCAGGCGCCUCCUGUCCCGGAUUUCCUCAGGGAUUCAGAUUCUCCCAAGCCCACGGUUGAAACCCUUGAUUCUGACCACUCUCCAUCCCCACAGAACCUCGAGUCGAUCAACCACGGAAAUGAGGACGAUUCUUCCCAAGUCGUCAAGAAGAAGCGAAGCCGAGAGCAACUCGAAGACGGUGGCUCAAAUGAUUCCCACGCUGCAACUGAUCCCGCACCCAGCUUGACUGAAACGACUACCUCGAACGAAAAUUCUACUACUGAAGGACAACCUGAUAAGAAGAGACCCCGUGACAAUUCCGAGGAGCGCAAGGCCAAGGUUGACCAGACUUUCACCGCGAGUGCAUUCGGGAAGGCCUCUGCCGGCUCACCUUUUGCUCUAGGCGCCUCCAACUCUGCUGCUUCCCCUUUCGCAAUGCCCGCAAAGCCCUCCGCAUUUGGCGCUUCACCUUUUGCAACCAGCGGUGCCUCAACUACUGGUUUCGGAGCCCUUGGAUCUGGAUCUGGGUUUAGUGCCUUUGGCAGCGGUCUCUCUGGCUCUUCUGGUAAACUCACUAGUUUUGCGUCACCCAACGCGCCUGCUAGCUUCUCUGGAACAGCCGGUAAAUUGACCAGUUUCGCCUCAUCCAAUGCUCCUACUUCGUUUGGCGACUCCAAGGACAAGACCCUUGGUGCAGCUCAAUCUGACAAUGAAGAGAGCGACAACGAAGGAGAAGGUGAAGGCGAUGACACUUUCGUGGCUGAGAAGACUGACGAGCGGUUCCAUGAACAAACUAUUGAAACCGGCGAGGAAAAUGAGACCACUGAAUACUCAGCCAAGGGCAAGCUAUAUUACUUUGAUGAUAAGAAAUGGAAGGAACGCGGUGCCGGCACAUUCAAGGUCAACCUCAAGUCAGAAUCCGACGGAAAGAAAUCAGCCCGCAUGAUCAUGCGCGCCGACGGUGCUCAUCGGGUCAUGUUGAACAGUGCUAUCUGGGACACCAUGCCUUUCGGUGUCAAGGGUCAACGUCCUGCCACCAAGGACAUUUAUCUGGCCAGCAAGGAGGAUGAGAAGGUUUCCACCUUGCUUCUCCGGCUCGGCAGCAAUAAGCAGAGCAGUGAGCUCUACGAUGUUCUCGAAGACAUCGUGGAGCAGAUUUGA